AUGAGAGAUGAAAUGAAACAACAAAUUAGAGAUAAUAAUAGACAACAACAAGGUGUUAAUAAAUCAUUACAACAACAAAUUAAUGAUGCUAAUCGUAUUGCUAAUGAAGCUAAAUUAAAAGCUCAAAUUGCUGAUAGUGAUUUAGAUGAAUAUGCUGAACGUACUGAAAAACGAUUCAAUGAUUAUAGACAGAAAUUUAUUACAUAUGAUACUUAUCAAGAAACACUUCAAGAUCAAAUAAAUUAUAAUACUCAUGAAAUACGUGAUAUUAAAGAGGCUGUUAAGAAAGGUAGUUUAGAUCAGCAAGAAGCUAAUAGGAGAAUUAAGAAGAUUAAAAAUAAACAAAAGCAAUUGGAACAACAACAAAUUGAACUUAAUCGUAAUCAAAAUAUGUUUAUUACUAGAGAUGAAAUGCGUGCUUAUCAGAAUUAUGUUAAUUCUAAAUUUGAUCAAACUGAUAAUCGUUUACAAGAGUUGGGUUAUUAUGUUAAUAAUUUUAAAAAUAUGAAUGAUCGUAUUGAUGGUAUUGAAAAUAUUUUAAAUGCUCAUCAACUUACAAUGGCACAAUUGAUGAAUAUUAUUGCUAGGAAUAAACGAGAAACCGAUGCUGAAUUAGAUAAAUUAAGUAAUGAAAAUAAAUUAUUAUAUAGAGGUCAAAAUGAUCUUGCUAGAGCUAUUAUGCAAUAUGAAAAUGAAAAUCAAAUUAUUAGAAAAACUGUUUAUGAUCUUACUGCUUAUUUAACUAAUUUAAAGGUGGUUAGUCCAGAUCAAUAUAAACGUGAACAGGAUCAGAUUUUAAACUAUAUUCAAUCAUUAAAUGAACGUAUGGAAUAUAAUCAACAGUCUCUUGUUAAAGCUAAAGAUAAUCAGCAACAUUUUGAUAAAGAUUUUGAAUAUAUGAAACAGAAUGCAAUGGUUAUUGAACAAAAGGUUAAUAAUGAAGUAUUUAGACAACAAACUAAUGAUGUAUAUUUUGCUAGAUGGAGUCCUAUUAUAAGUAUUUGUAAUAAAGUUGGUGGAAAUUUAAAAAUUGAUAAAGAUGAAUUAUAUAAAUAUGUUUAUAGUAUUUCUGAUCCUGCUGAACGUACUAAGGUAAUAAGAACUCUUGAUGCGCAAUUUGCUGCAGUCGCUAGAGGUUUUAGAUUGUAUAAUCAGAAUCCUAAUAGUGAUAUAUCAAAUAUGAUUAAUAAUAUUAAUAAUAUACAGACUGCUUAUGGAGAAGGUAAUAGAGGUUAUAAUGCUGCUCAAAAUUUCAAAGAAGGUAAACAGAAAGUUGUAGUUGUUAUUCCUGUUGCUACUCGUGCUGAUAAAGUUCAGGUAUCUCAACCUGAAAUAGUUGAAGAUAGAAAUUUUGCACAGGCUUUUAUAGGUAAGAAUCGUUUAGCUUCUCAAGCUUUUAACGACUUUAAACAACAACGUUUUCUUGAAUAUAAUUCUGAGCGUGGGUUAUUUGAUGAAGUGUAUAAGAUUUUUUCACAAGUUGAAAAGAAAGUUGGUGCCCAUAAUGGUAGAGUACAUAAAAAUAAUGCUUAUACUCAACGAUAUUUUGAGACUGUUGAUUAUGUUAUAAGACAGUAUAGUGAUCCUUCUGCUAGUUCUAAUGAUCGACGACAGGCCUAUGAACUUCUUAAAAAGGAUGCUACUAAUUUUAUGAAUGCUUAUGAUUCUGCUAGUGAACAUGAUAAUGUUUCUAAACAACAACAAUUAUUAAUUGAAAAUGGCGUUCAAUCUGGUUCGUUGAGUCUGGCUUUACGUAAUCCUAAAAUACAGGAAAAUUUACAAGAAUAUUAUACACGUACACAAAAGGAUUAUUAUAAUCAGGUUAAACAAGAUGAACAAACUAAACAAAGUGGUCAAGUUACUAAAGUUGAUAAUACUGUUAAAACUAAUGAAGAUUACGCUAAAGACCUUAUUAAGCCUAAGAAGAAUAAACCUGGUUAUAAACCAAGUGCUGUUGUAAUGGAAGUAGAUGAAGAUUUAUUGAAGGAUUUGAAUAUUGUUACUCCUGGAAAUAAACAAUUUGGUGUUACUUUGGGUGAACAAACUCAAGUUCCUACUCAAGCAUUGACUGAUGUUAAUCCGUUGGUACUUAAAGAUAAAACAGAUAAACUUUUACUUAAGGAUAAACAGACUCAACAAACUAUUGGAUUUGAUUAUAAACCUCUUCAAAUUAAACCCAAACCAAAACAACCACGAAUUGAAUAUAAUUAUGAACCUCAGGAUUUAAUUGAGUAUCCUUAUCAACAGUACCAGAUUGGUUAUCCUGAAAAGAAGCCUAAGGCUCCUUCUAUUGAUGGUUCUUCAUUUGAUCCAUCUACUACUCAGCCAACAGAAACUAAUCCUGCUGAUGAUCCAAAAUAUAAAAGGAGACCAGAAGUAAGAAGAUACCAAUUAAAUUAA